AUGUCGUCUUCAUUGUCGCCGGACCAGUUUGGGAGCGCUCAAUCCCACAGCUCCCCUGAAGGUACUUCGACGAGCCAAGACCGGAGUCCGCUCAAUCUUGGCUUUCUCAAAUCACUGACAGAGAAGAAAAUCACGCGAGAUGGGAACCCGCCAAAGAGGCGUGGCCCAAAGCCCGAUAGCAAACCUGCUCUAACUCGGAGGCAAGAGUUGAACAGACAGGCACAGAGGCAAGUUUCGCGGUCAACCAUGACCAUAAAACCUGGUAAACGAGCUAACAGUUGCUUCAGGACCCAUCGUGAGCGCAAGGAGCUGUAUAUCAAGGCUCUCGAGGAUGAAGUUUUGAGGCUAAAGGAGCUGUACAGCAAUGCUUCGCAAAGCAAAGAAAAACUCUUGGCUGAGAACAAGCACCUGAAAUCCAUCAUGGCUCAGCACGGCAUACAAUUUCCACGAGGGAGCGACCGCGACGAUGAAGGUAGCCCUGGCGCAGCCGGCGCGAGCCCAGGCCACAGUGGUGGUGCUCCAGGUUCAUAUGCGUCCUUCUCACCUGGCUCACAAUCCGGGGCAUCAACCGGCCAUUCCAACAAUUUCCAGCCUAUGACUGGGCAAAAUAUGCGCAACGCCGCGCAACGGUCUGCAAGCAAAGGCGUUGACUUUGAGCAAGCAGGCAUUGACUUCGUUCUAACGUACGAUAAUCCCGCUUCCUCAAGGGCCUACCUAUCACCUCCCCCACAACUUGAGAAGCCCUGCAUGCAGCAUCUACCGUUUCUUACCGAUAGGUCGGAGGGUGGUGACCCAUGUGGCCACGCCCUCAUGGCCUCCUGUCCACCCGCGCCGUUUGGCAAACUGACGACAAAGACACCGUUUGGAAACACACACACCCACGACGUCGGGAACGGGACGAAUCCUGCUCAAGGAACGUGGGAGAUUAGCAAGGCCAAUCUUUCCACGUUGCUUGAUUUGAGUAAGCGCCUUGAUCUUGAUGGCGAAAUUACUCCCGUCAUGGCUUGGGGCAUGAUUCUAAGCCACCCACGAUUCGCCGACUUCCAGCCCGAGGACUUUGCCAGAAUUGCCGCGGAGCUGGGACGCAAAGUGAGGUGUUACGGGUUUGGAGCUGUCAUGGAAGAGUUUGAAUUAAGAGACGCUUUUGAAAGUGUGCUGCCCUCAGGCCUGCAGCCGGAGAUCAUGGCCCAUUAA